GGCGGGCACCAGUCGGUCCUGGUGAGGGUGGCGACUGCGGGUUCACGUCGGGUAAGUGCCCGGCUCAUACAGGUUCUGCUAGUAGUGCUUCCUUGAAUUGUCCGUGGGGAAUUGUGUCUGAACUGACUGCAGAAGCGCUUGACAGCAGUGCUGGUCAAGACACAGAAUGGCUGCACUGCGUCGUCUGAGGCAGUGCCACCCCACAGGCAUGGCUGUCUCUCAUCUUCACACGAGCAGCCGGGCCUCUGCUAAACAGCAUUACAAAAUGCUUGUGCUCGGAGGAGGAAGUGGGGGAAUUGCAAUGAGUGCACGCAUGAAGAGGAUGCUGGGAGCUGAGAAUGUGGCCGUUGUGGAGCCCAGCGAGAUGCACUACUAUCAGCCAAUAUGGACCCUGGUUGGUGCUGGCGCAAAAACUGUAGCCUCAUCGGGCCGUUCCACCGCAAGUGUUAUGCCGUCUGGAGUACAGUUGGUGAAAUCUAAAGUUCAGGAAAUAAACCCAGACCAAAAUACUGUCCGCACUGACGAUGGGACUGAAAUCUCCUAUGAGUAUCUGAUUGUGGCGCUUGGUUUACAACUCCAUUAUGAGAAGAUCAAAGGACUGCCAGAAGGAUUUGAACAUCCAAAGAUUGGGUCAAACUACUCAGUCGAAACUGUGGAGAAAACAUGGAAAGCACUGCAGACUUUCAAAGAGGGCAACGCUGUGUUCACUUUCCCAAAUACUCCUGUGAAAUGUGCUGGGGCUCCACAGAAGAUCAUGUACCUAUCGGACGCCUAUCUCAGAAAGACAGGAAAGAGGGAAAAGGCCAACAUAAUAUACAACACAUCGCUCCCUGUGCUCUUUGGGAUAAAGAAAUAUGCUGACACAUUGUGGGACAUUGUGAGAAAGCGUGACCUACAAGUCAACCUGAGGCAAAACCUGAUCGAAGUGCGGGCGGACAAGCAAGAAGCUGUGUUUGAAAAUCUUGACAAACCAGGCGAAACCAAAGUGUUUGAGUAUGAAAUGCUUCAUGUCACACCACCAAUGGGUCCUAACUUGGUGGUUAAAGGCAGUCCACUGGCAGAUGAGGCUGGCUGGUUGGAUGUCAACAAAGACAACCUCCAACACAAGAGGUAUCCAAAUGUGUUUGGGAUUGGAGACUGUACCAACCUUCCCACAGCCAAAACGGGGGCUGCUGUCGCUGCACAAUCUGCCAUCUUAAACAGAACCAUCAGCAAAGUACUGAAAAAUGAGAAGCCGGAUAAGACGUAUGAUGGUUACACCUCAUGUCCGUUGGUAACAAGCUACAACACAGUAGUUUUGGCAGAGUUUGACUACAAUGGACAACCACUGGAAACAUUCCCCAUCAACCAAGCCAAAGAAAGAAGACUCAUGUACUACAUGAAGGCUGAUGUGAUGCCUCACCUUUACUGGCAUGGGCUUCUAAGGGGCCUGUGGGGUGGACCAGGACCAUACAGGAAACUCCUUCAUCUUGGGAUGAAAUGAAACCUCAGCAUCAGUUUGCAAGUUAAUAGUUACCUUCCCUAAAGCUUUAGGGAACGAAUUAGCUAAUUACAUCUGUCAUUCUCUGAGAGGGUGGAUACAUAUAGUGGCUAACACAGUGGUAAUAUCUAUGGGGCUGGACAUAAUGCCCAACAACAACAAGUUCGAUCAAGUUGUCAAUAUUUAAUAUUCUAGGUUCAGUUAAUCCUGCAGUAAGUGGUGCAUUGACAUUACCUUGAAAAAAAAAGAUUCCCUGUAAUGAGAGAGUUACUUAGCUGAGAAUUAACACUCAACUCAGCAGUUCUCUUUCGCUUUUAGCUGCUUAUAGGUCAAUGUUUUUGGUUCUUUUGGCGGCACAUUGAAUGUACGGUCUUGCUGCUGUCAUCAACCUCAUUAUCCAACCAGCAAUGAGAUUUUAAUAGGAGCCAAGAACAAAGGUCUGCAGAAGAUUACUUUUAUAAGAUGUACUUUUAUAAGCCAGUCACAAUAGGCUCUUCCAAAGUUUAACUUCUUCCUGCGGAGUAUAUUGUCCCGUUUGCCCACAUACAUCCAACAAUAGCUAAUAGUUUAAAAUUGUGAUAAAGUGUAAAUAAAUCAUCAAGAAUGUCGACAUUUUGUUUUUGCGGGAUAUUGACAGCUGUAAUCAUUGUCUACCACUCAUUAAGAGUGUAAACACAAUAUACAAAUAUAUUCAUAUUACUACAAUUACAAUUGUGUAUAUUGGUGGAGGUCAGUUAAGUGUCUCAUCAUUUUAGGAUUUUAACAGUCUUCAGGUCUGUCUACAGCUUAAACGAGUGGUCUUGAAUGCUUAACCAUCAUCAUGCAAACUACCACAAGUGCUUCUGUAACAUUUAAACAUCAAUGUCCAAAAUAGAGUUCUGUACAGUUAUUUUUUCAGUUCUUCAUUGUUGUAUUAAAAAGAUGAAUUACUUUUAAAUCAUUAAAAUGACUCUGUACAUGUGUAAACCUACUGUAAUUAUGUUAUUGCAGUAAAAAAACAAAAAAAUCAUAAAUAUAAAUGUAGUUUCAACCUUGUUGUACUUUAUGGUAUUUUACAUCCAAUAGUGUUACUGGAAUAUUGAAUGUUAUAUACGACUUAUUUUUGCUGUGUUUUGUAUAGUAUUUUUAACUUUUCUGAGGUCCUUGAUAAAUACCGGUGGUCAGUGUCUUUGCUAAAAUAAUUUAAUAAGGAGGGUUUGUCCUGCUGAUGACCUUUGUUUCUGAUGUAACAGGGUUAUUGCUACACUUAAGACAGCCAGUUCAUUUCACUGUGGUUUGAAAGUCAACCCCUUAGAGCCAGAACCUUGUUUGGAAAUUUGUCUCAAUGAAUGGUUGUUUUGAUGGUUUUGGUAAUGGAGCUGAAUGAACCGCUGGUGCCAAGUUUUGGGGCGAGCCAGGACUUGAUCCCAGGCUUUUCUAAAGCAAUAUACUGUAUAAAGCCUGUAUAUUUGU